GCCAUCGGCCAGUUGGUGGUCUCACGUUGUUUGCAGAGGUUUGCAUACUACAAAUUCAUAUUAAGAUUUUGCAUUCAUAACUAUUAAUUUCUAACAUUGACAUCACUGGCAAACAUUUUUUCCCCUUUUUUGCUUUCCCUUUUUUGCUGCUUGACUUGUUUUUUCUUUUUCUUUUUAAUUUUUCUAACUGAUUUCAUACAAUUUUCAUGCUGAUUUUAAAUCUGCCAUUUUUUUCUAUGCUUCAUGCAAUCGGCCUCUUUGUUUCUUAUAUGAGUUGUAUUUUGUAAAUAUUCUUCAUAUGUUUUCACCAAAUACCAUAUUAACUUUUCAUUUCUUUUUACUCUGAAUUGAUCACAACAUUAGCUUGUCAAAGUUGACGAUUUUUACAUAUUGGAGCACUUUGGCAGGAGUGCAGUACAACACUUUUGUUGUCCCUUUUGUUGGUCUGCUGUUUGCAGUUGUCUAAACCAUAGCAUAACAGGUACUAUGUUGCUAACCCUAUUCCUACUUUUGGGUUAUUUAAGUACCAGCUAGUGUAUAUACCCACUUUUCCAAAAAAAAAAAAAAAAAAAAAAAAAAUACGGCUUUGCAAUAAUUUUGCAUUGCACCCAAAAAUUAAAUCCUAAUUUGGAAAACCAAAUAGGGUCAGAUUUUUAAUUCAGCACGCCAAUUGUUUUUUUCCAUGCAUGCAUGUAUGGAUUUAAUAUACAGUAUGUGAUUACAGUUUUUCCCAAUUGCUUUGGUACGUUUCUCAGAUCAGAUUUGAAUUCUCAAAACAACCUGUUCAAUCCUCCCAACAUGUCGCACAAGUACCAAAACAACAUGAAUUACCUGCAAAAGCCAGUUUUUUUGUGAAAAAUAGUCUAUUGCUCAAAAUUAAAUUUCUGUGUCAAUGAACAUGUCAGUGCUGUCAGAAUGACAAGUCCUUGUUUCACUGUGUACAGACAAGACAGUCAAAUUACUUAUUGAUGCUCUCAAUUGAACAGUUACUCUGGUGGAAGGCCCUAAUGCUGAAGAAGGUGUACGUACGUUUUGAUGAAAAUUGCAAGUUACACUUUUGUGUGUGGGAGAUUGCAUGAGACAGGAACAGAUUCAGUUUACACUUUUACUAUUAUUACAAUUUCUUGACAGACCCUGUAACUGCGAUACAGAAAGCAAAAGACAGCACUGAGUAUCACAAAGAGAAAAAAAACAUACAAAUGUGAAUCAGCACAACUUCACUUUGAGUCCUACAUGCUGGGAUUUUUUUAAUACCAUUGUUUCUACACAUCUUGACAUUCCUCCCUGUUGGGCCACAAAUUUUCUUCUCUUGCUAUACACCAUGGAAAGAAUCUUCUUCUUCUUUCUUCCAGCCUAUGCAGGCAUCUGCUGUGAUGUCACUGCAUGCUGCAUUCAUGGCAUCCAUAAGAGUCAUCUGAGUAUGAGGCUGGCAAUCAUACACUUGCUAUCUCCAUGUUGAGAAAAAUUCUUCUAUGGGAUUGGGGAAUAAGGAGUAUGGUGGGAGGAACUCUAUUACCAGUCUUUUGUAGGUUGCAAACCAUUCCCUGAUUAUGUUUGAGUGGUGGAAACCUAUAUUGUUCCAAACGAUCACAAAUUUGGGCAGGUUGAAAUAUGUUUGGUAAAAUAAGUCAUGAAAAUGCUUACAAAUAAACACACACGUUGACAUAUUCUGACAUGUUCAUCCAUUUUGCAAGUAAAGACUUAUGCAAUGAAGUAAUGACUAAAUGUUGUGGGUGGUGAGACUAUUCAAUAGACAACCAUCCAUUUUGACCAUCAUGACAGAUGCAACUGAUAAUGUACGAAACAGCAGAGAAUUAUACAAAGUCAUUUGCACGGAUGCACAAAAACAUCUGCAACUUGCUUAAAGAAAUGAGAAACUGAUUUUUUGAUGUGCACUAGUGAUACGAUGUGAGGAUUGAACAAGUAGUUUCAAGAAUUUCAAUUCUGAUCUGAGAAACGUACCAAAGCAAUUGAGAAAAACUGUAAUGUACAUAAAUUAAUUAAAAUUAAACAUGAAUACCUCUCUCAGUUCCGGUUCUGUUCCAGCUGCCUUCAAACAGGCUGUAGUAAAACCCCUUCUUAAAAAAUCCCAUCUCGACUCCUCUGUGCUGUCCAAUUUUAGACCCGUCUCCCACGUGUCUUUCCAAAGUUUUAGAAAAAGUUGUUUUUAUUCAAUUGCAAACCUUCUUAGAUACAAACUUCACCGUUGACAAGUUCCAAUCAGGCUUCAGGUCCAGACACAGCACUGAGUCAGCACUGUUAAAAGUACAUAACGACAUUGUCCUUUCUGUGGAUAAUGGAAACCCAGCUAUCCUUGUUUUACGAGACCUCACAGCAGCAUUUGGUACAGUCGACCAUACAGUCCUUGUAUCUCAUUUAGAAUAUGUCAUAGGUAUCCUUGGUAACGCUCUAAAAUGGUUUAAAUCGUACCUACAACAUAGAACAUUCUCUGUAAUGAUUGGGGAAUUUUCCUCCUCACAAAUUUCUCUGUCUUGCGGGGUACCCCAAGGCUCUAUUUUAGGGCCUGUUCUUUUUGCGCUUCAUGUCCUACCUUUAGGAUCAAUUACAAAAAAAACACACAGUGGGGAGAACAAGUAUUUGAUACACUCACAAUGGGAAAACCCAUUGGCAGUUGGGGAGAACAAGUAUUUGAUACACUCACAAUGGGAAAACCCAUUAGCAGUGUAUCAAAUACUUGUUCUCCCCACUGUAAUAUUGCUUUUCAUUUUUAUGCUGAUUACCUGCAGCUUUAUCUGCCCUUGAGACCCAAUGAAAAAACUGCUCUCGCUAAAUUGAUGGAGUGCAUAUCUCAUGUGAAGGAGUGGCUUGCACAAAACUUCUUAAAUUUUACGAGAGCAAAACUGAAUUUAUUACUUUUGGCACACCUUCUAUGAUGAAUGCCCUUGAGCCCAAAUCUGGCGCUCUGGCUGACAUUUUUAAGACACACGUUAAAAACCUCGGAGUGAUAUUCGAUAGCAGGCUAACCUUUGAAAGGCAGAUUAGUUCUGUUGUAAGAGCAAGUUUUUUCCAGCUCCGUCUCUUGGCCAAAGUGAAGCCUUUUCUUAGUCGCCACGACCUUGAAAAAGCAAUUCACGCUUUUAUAAGCUCAAGGCUGGACUACUUCAAUGCACUUUAUGUUGGCCUCCCCAAGUCCUCAAUUUCUCGUCUGCAACUUGUUCAAAAUGCUGCUGCUCGAUUUUUAACAGGUACACGUAGACUUGAGCAUAUUACCCCCGUGCUAUCAUCACUCCACUGGCUUCCAGUCAAUUUUAGAAUUGAUUUCAAAAUUGUACUGUUUGUUUUUAAUUCUAUUAAUGGCCAGGCUCCAUCUUAUUUAUCGGAAAUUUUAACCUUCCGUAACUCUGGCAGGACUCUUCGUUCGACCGGCCAGCUUCUUUUUUAUGUUCCGAGGUCGAAACUUAAACAGUGGGGAGACCGAUCUUUUGCGGUUGGUGCCCCUAGGCUGUGGAAUAGCCUUCACCGUGAAAUCCGCACCACCACGGAUCUAGGUCUUUUUAAGUAUCGGUUAAAAACACACCUUUUUAGAUUUUCGCCUUUUACACAGAUUAGGAUAGCCUGGUUUUAUUUGCUUUAAGGCUUUUAAUGUUCUUGGAUUUUAUCGGUUUUAUUGUUUUAUUUGCUGGACUUCUAUCGCGGUGUGCUGUUUUUGUUUCAUUUCUUUUUUUUUUUCUUGAUGUCAUUGUAUAAUACUUUCCUGCCUUUUAUUUAUCUUGAGUCAUGUUUUGUUGUAAAGCACUUUGAGGGCCUUUCAGGUUUUGUAAAGGGCUAUAAAAAUAAAUUUGAUUGAUUGAUUGAUUGAAAUUAUAGAAGGGAGCCUAUACCAUAUUUUCUUUCUUUUAUUGUAGCUAUAGGCCUAUAUCUUAUUUAGGUUUUGUGCAUAGACUUCAUAACCUAAGUUAAAAUCUCAAGUGACUUGCAAGUAUAAAAUCUAAAUAAACAAAUAUAAAAUGCGUAUGAGAUAGCCCUAUGUUCAUGCAGUGCAAAUAAUCGAAGUGAAGUAGCAGCAGUUUGACAGUUAAGGCUUUGAAUAUUGCAGGUGAGUAACUAUUGCACAUAGAAUAUUGCAUAUAAAUGAAUAUUGGACUAUGUCUUGGAGCAUUUCCCUUUGCAGUGCAGAAUAAGUGAAGUCUCAAAAGUGACUUGCAAUUAUAAAAUCUCAAUAAAUAUAAAAUGCGUAUGAGAUAGCCCUAUGUUCAGGCAGUGCAAAUAAUCGGAGUGACGUAGCACCAGUUUGACCGAUAAGGCUUUAAAUAUUGCAGGUGAGUAAGUAUUGCACAUCUAAUAUUGCAUAUAAAUGCAAAUUGGUCUAUGCCUUGGAGCAUUUCCCUUUGCAGUGCAGAAUAAGUGAAGUCUCAAAAGUGACUUGCAAUUAUAAAAUCUCAAUAAAUAUAAAAUGCGUAUGAGAUAGCCCUAUGUUCAGGCAGUGCAAAUAAUUGGAGUGACGUAGCAGCAGUUUGACAGUUAAGGCUUUGAGUAUUGCACGUGAGUAAGUAUUGCACAUAGCAUAUUGCAUAUAAAUGAAUAGUAGACUAUGCCUUGGAGCAUUUGCCCUUUGCAGUGCAUGAUGUCAAAAUCUCAAAAGUGACUUGCAAGUAUAAUAUCUCAAUGAAUAUAAAAUGCGUAUGAGGUAGCCCUAUGUUCAGGCAGUGCAAAUAAUAGUGACGUAGCAGCAGUUUGACAGUUAAGGCUUUGAAUAUUGCAGGUGAGUAAGUAUUGCACAUAGAAUAUUGCAUAUAAAUGAAGAUUGGACUAUGCCUUCCUUGCAUUUCCCUUUGCAAUGCAUGACAAGUUAAAAUCUCAAAAGUGACUUGCAAGUAUAACAUCUAAAUAAACAAAUAUAAAAUGCGUAUGAGAUAGCCCUUCUUUAUAGAUACAGAUGUAAAACAGUCUGGAUUCUUUGUUAAAAGAGCAAAAAAAUGGGCAGUUACGCAUCUAUUUUACGUAUAUAUGUCAAAGAAUGACGCCAAUGCCGUAGCGGUUCCCAUUCUCCCAGUGAUUUUUUUCUUAUUUCAAAAUGCAUGCAUGGUACGAAAAAUAAAAUAUUUUCUUUGAAUCCUUGAACAAAUCACUCUUGAGACAAUCCUUCCUGCUUGUAUGUGGUACAGCUUUUGUAUAGUUCUUCAAAAAUCCAAGCUUAAAUCUGACAUGAGUGUGUGCCGUCUUCGGUUAUUACUAAAUGAAACUCGGCCCCCUAUGAUAAGGCGUGGCGCAAAGAAUUACCAAGUGUCAGGUCAAUAGAUUAUGAAGUCUAUGGUUUUGUGAUACAUGAACAUGAUCCAAGAUUUCACAGACAUAGCAGCACCCCAAAAUUACAUAAAAACAAGUGUUUGCAUCAAUGCAACAUUUUUUGUUGACCAGAGCAAUUCUUAAAGAUCAAGCUGAAUGAUGAUGCAUUUUGACUUUCAAAUAAGACUGGACGUCCUAUUCCUGGUGUCUUGAUCACGUGACCGUCGAUGUUUAAGACCCCACAGUCCAGCCCAGCCCACCUCUUCUGCCCCUCGGCUUGCCUUGCACGCUCACAGACGGCUUGGAGCAGAAGGUGAGAGGAUGCAGAGGGAACGCAGCCGCGCAUAGAGGCACAAGCCCCCUCAAAGUUAUGGCCGGAGAAGAAGAGCCUCCAGUGAUGCGCCUUGCAGUGUGCGCCUCACAGGUGGCCUACAGAUGACAAUGACAUGCGCCGUUUAAGUGUCACUCUGCGUCCGUUGUGAGGAAGACGAGGACGGGCGUGAGGAGGGGGCACCCACGGCACCGCCAUGCAACCCGGCUGUGUUCUGAAGAUAACGUCUGGCAGCUACUACACGAGGUGUAAAGUUUGACGCGGUCGAGCUUAGAAUGUCACGCAGAGGCGAUGACCUGUGACCUUCGUUUGAAAGCAAACCAGCAAAACAGGGCAGCAAUGAAGCUCUUCAGAAAGGAUGAUAUCUCCACCAAGAAGGACAAGGACAAAGAGAUCCAGUAUGAAGAGCCGCCAGAUGGAGGAUGGGGCUGGCUGGUGGUGCUCCAUUGUUUCCUGGUUAAUGUCCUAGUGAUGGGAACAUUGAAAACCUUUGGUAUCUUCUUCUUGGCAUUCCAAGAUGAGUUUGGAGGCUCGGCAGAAAGCAUCAGCUGGAUCGGUUCAAUCAUGUCCAGUUUGCGUCUCUCUGGAGCGCCCAUCGCCUCAGUAGCCUGUGCCAAGGUAGGAACCAGAGUGACAUCCAUUACGGGGGCCGUACUGGUCAGCAGUGGCUUCCUCAUCAGUAUUUUUGCCAACAGCGUGGUGUUCCUCUACAUCAGCAUGGGAGUCAUUGUAGGAAUGGGUUUUGCUCUACUGUACCAAUCCUUCUCUGUGGUCACGGCGCUCUACUUCCGGAAAAAGUUAGCGACAGCGUAUUCCAUUGGACGCUCCGGGAUGGGACUAACGUUUGCCCUGGCUCCCUUCACGCAGCUGCUGCUGGACCAGUACGCUUGGCAAGGUGCAUUGCUGAUCCUGGGCGGUCUGAUGCUGAACCUGGUGGCCACGGGGAUGCUCCUUCGGCCCAUUCAAGUCAAACCCCCAACGUCCCGCUGUGCUUCUCCCAGCCAGAAGAGUCCAGCCGUGUCCCUCAAGAGCUCCUUGGAGAAGGAAAACUCCAAAAACUGCCUGAACGGCUCCUCACAUUUAUCCAAUGGCAUCUCGAAAUCAGACUCCCUUCUGUCUUCUCCUCUUGAGGAGUUGCAGUGCACUCAGGAAACCAAGGAGCAAUUGGAGAACCUUGAACUGAAAAUGGUUCGCAAAAACCACGAAGCCCACCAUGACAUGGGUCCGUGUAAGCCCGCCGCUGAUGGCUCUCAGGAGCUCAAUGGCAUCUCGAAUGGGUCCACCCCGGUCGGACCCGCCUCUGUGCAAGUCAGCACGCCGAGCGAGGAAAAUGUCCAUAAAACCAAAGUACUCGAUUUUUCCUUACUCAAGGACCCAUUCUUUUGCAUCUAUACGUGGUCUUUGGUAUUCAGCCAGCUGGCCUACUUCAUCCCCUAUUUCCACCUGUCUGCUCGAGCCAGAACCCUGGGCAUUGAUCCCAUGGAUGCUUCCUUUAUCAUCUCAGUGGCAGGCAUCACAGAAACCAUCGCCCAGCUGGCCUCGGGCUGGGUGACAGACCGGAAUCUGUUCCAUAAGUAUCAUUACCACAAGGCCUACCUGAUCCUCUGUGGCCUGGUCAACCUGCUCUCCCCACUCGCCACCUCAUAUAUCCUGCUCAUGGUCUAUGCCGUCUUCUUUGCCAUCUUCUGUGGUGGCUACAUGGCUCUGCUGCUACCUGUUCUGGUGGAUCUGGUAGGGGCGGAAAAACUCAACAACUCUAUGGGCUUCUCGAUGUUCUUUGUGGGUCUGGGUUGCCUCACUGGUCCUCCUUUGGCAGGCUUCCUCUACGACUACACACAGACCUAUGACUGUUCGUUUUACCUGGCGGGUCUCUGCUACUUGCUCUCCUCUCUGUCGCUCUUCAUGGAGCCACUUGCCCAACGCUGGAGAGCCAGACAGAACAAAGCGUGCCAGGCCAAGGCAGCGCAGAGCGGCUGUAGGACCAAUGGCUGCUUCGCUCCGGACCGCCAGCACAAUGGACUCGUGUAAGAGCCAGCCAGCACCUUUGGGACCCCUUGUCGGUCCUCCUCGCCUGCAAGGAUCACCUGAGGAUUGACGCGACUGGGAGACAAAAUGUCGUGAAGCCAAAAUUCUAGUAUAUACAAUAUAUUAUAUAUAAUCCCUUCUUUGUAUCAGAGGCAAAUGGCAUCCAGCACAUUUUGGAUAGUAGCAACAUAUAGCCAACUUUUGCCUUGUUGAAAAUAAGCUAUGCAAAACCUUGCUUUUACCAUAAGCACACGCUCUUAAAAAGCUGUUACGCUCGCAUUGAAGCACUUUGGGGCCAAAUUGGAACCACGCUGCAUGACUUUACACAAUAGGCUCCAAUGGCCUUGCAAUGGUGCAUACAUAUAUAUUUUACAUAAACCCCACUUGUAUAUCCUGUUUUGCCACAAGCAGAACAGGCUGUUCACAAGGGGGUUGUGAGGCACCUUUAUCAUAACAUUGGUGUUGAAAAGUACAAAAAUAUAAGGCCAGCAGAUAAUUGAUCUUUUUUUUUCUUUACAUUAGAAAUUUCAUUUUAGAUUGAAUUGUUUUAAAGUUUUGAGAAAAUGUAGGUGGAACAAAACAGCAGUAAUUUAUUAGUUUUUCCGCCUUUUACAUUUAAAAAAUUUAAGCCCAUGAAGAGCUUCCUAGUUCAAUCCUUCCUCCUGUCUUUUCUUUUUUGUAAAACUUUAAACUAUAUAUAGGCUAAUUUGUUCCCUUUAAAAAGUAAAUACAGGAAAAGUACAGUACAUUACAGUAAAUACAGGAUUCCAUUAAAAUUUGGUUUUCUAUACAGUAUCUUUUUUUUUUUUUAAUUGGAUGUUUUAAGUUUUGAAAUAGAUGUGAAAACUAUAUUUUUUAAUAUUUAAAAAAAGAUUGAAAGCUGUCUAUUUGAUCCAUUUAAGUUUUAACUGGUUCUUCUAUCAGUUUGAUCCCUUUUCAAAUGGAGAUAGAUACAUUUUUUGCAUUUAAAACAAGUUUUAAAGAGAUGGUUAAUGGUUAUUUAAUAUUUUUUUCUUCCCUCAGAAAUUCUUCAAUUCGCUUUGUGUUUUAAAAUGAUAUUUUCCCUUUGAUAACAAAUAAAACAGUUCAGAUUCAUCUAUUUAGGAGCUUUAAAAUAAAUGGGAUUUUGUUGUUGUUGUAGUUUUAUACUUUUUUCUUUUUAUGCUAAGAAUAUUAUUUUUAUGCUGGGGCAAGGGGUAUUUCAAAAGCGGUUCAAUUGACUCAUUUAAUCUUUUUUUUUUAAAUUGCAAAGGAAAAAAAAAAUAUAUAUAUAUAUAUAUAUAUAGACCCUAAACUAUGAUCUGAAAAUUAAACAGUAUGUACAUAUAUAAACACUAUAAUACUAUUUCAAGCUGCCUUAAAAAGGCUAACUGUUAAGCAUGUACAAUAUACUCCUCAUACUCACUAAGGCGAAAAAUUAAAACACGGUGAGCAAGUGCUUAGCACAUACGCCUCACUAUUCCGAGGUUGAGGGUUGACCUCCAGGUACUCCAGCUUCGUCCCGCAUUCCAAAACAUACAUUAGAUACAUUGAACAGUCUAAAUUGUCCUUCAGUGUUAAUGUACUUAAUGUAAGUGUGAAUAAUGGUCUAGAUGUGCCUUGUGAUUGGCUGAAGACCAGGUCAGGUUGAACCCUGCCUUUCACCCAAAGUCAGCUGGGAAAGGCCCCAUUUUACCUGUGAACCUAAUGAGGAUAAGUGACAUAGAAAAUAGAUGGAUGUACCAUGUACGAUAUGAGUGACUUAAACAUCGGCUGCCAUUGAUGGUAAUAGACUUCCGACCGAUUGGAACCUGGAAAGCUGCCAGGGACUGAUCAAAUUUUAGUGACAUUGAUCGUGAUUGUCUCACAAUCUAUUUCAACUAUUCAAAUACAGUAUAACGCAGUGGUCCCCAACCACCAGUCUGUGGCGCAUUUGCUACCGGGCCGCAGAGAUAUAAAUAAUUUAUUAACGACUGCAAUCUGGCCUGUGGCUCUUGACACAUCAAUAUCCCUGUCUACUCUAUAGACUAAUCCGAGGAAAGAUUUGUAUAGAUCACCAUCUAGUGGUUGGGCUCAAUUACUAGGGUGUUUCCACACCUAUAGAAGCCCAGUGCCAGUCAAUGUAAACAGUAACUUUAGCUGCUGUUGACUGUGUGCUAUGGGCGGCGAUGUCUUUGGGCAGCUUUUUUUACGGGGAAAAGGCCAGCUCCUGAGCAAAAUUAGGAGCCUACAACCAAGUCCAUUCUGCAUAAUAUGUGGUUAAAAUCUAGCAAAUGAGGCAAAAAAGCGAAUGCACUAAGAGCAUCAUACCUCAUGGCGAACUGUAUUGCUAAAGCUAAGAAACUUUUCACGAUUGGAGAAGAACUCAAUAUGCUUGCGCCUACGGAUAUUUGCUGACAAGUUUUAGGAGAUGCCUCUGUUAAAGAAAGGCUGAUUCAGGGUAUGUUGAGUGACGUUUUCCCUGCACUUGAUAUUUGUUUUUAGCAUAGGCGGAGUUUGACUUUUGGGGCAGGGGCGGCACAACAUGUUGAUGACCUUGAAACGCAGUAUCAGCAAUGCCAGCUGUGUGUAGGUGCGUGAGCAUUUUUCUGUCUUACCUAGUAAAGAAGUAGAUGCCGAUUUUUGUGUUCCGCGUAGAUAUCCACCACUCUAUCUAGUGACAAGUUGGCAGUUAUAGCACUUUCACUUUCCAGUCACUCAUCCGUUGCGAAAUGAAUCCUUUCCGUGGUCAGUUUGAAAAUGGCGGCAGGCAAAACGAUAGACGGGAUCCUUUUUCGACUGAAUAUUCCAGCCAGGAUUAUUUAUGAUCAUAAAAUGAAUAUGAGCAUUUUAUUUCCCCCAUCAUUUUGGAGGGGAAUUCUAAUUAAGACAGCUUAGGACAGCUUUUCUUUUUGCCACGAUCGUCAUCCAUUAAAAAAAAUGGUACGCCCGCCGGUGGUGGCUCUGUUGUAUAAUUAGCGUCAGUAGUGGGGUAAAUUGAAACUCUGCUCACCAUUUUGGCGGUGCUCUCUGACGCUUCAAGAUCCGUUUUUUCAAUCAUUGGUUCUUCCUUAAGUGUUGUUGUCGCUUUUGAAAGCUUACGCUAAAAAAAUUGUGUAUAUCCAUCUCUCCUCUUCGGUCGUCGACUUGUCAGGUGGUUUUGGAUUAGCAAGGCUAAUAGUACUAGUCACAUGAUCUGUUAGAAAAAAUCAUUUUGACCCAUUAUAUAUAUAUAUUUCAUUUGAUUCAUUUCUGUUGUUUGUUUCAUUGUUGUUCAAUCAUAUAUAGGAACGUCAAUUAUAUGCAAAGACACUUUUCGGCCACCAGGGGGGGCCUGGCCCCCUUGGACCCCCUGCAAAAUCCGCUUAUGGUUUUUAGCCCCGACAUGUUAUUUUAUAUUUACUGUAAUAUUCUGCCACACAUGGAAAAAAAGGCCCACAUUACACCGGUCCGUGGUGCAAAAAAGGUUGGGGACCACUGGUAUAAUGGACAUCCAUCGUCGUCUCUGGCAGCCAAUGAGGUCACGACCAGAGGUUUUAAAUAAGUGUCGCUUGGCUUAUUUUUCCCCUCUUGAUAAAUUGUGGUCACUUUUUCCUCCUUUAACCGUUUUCUUCCUGGAGCUUAAGAAAUUUUUAUUUUUAUUUUUUAAAGCAGGGCAGUGAAAGAGCACAAAAUUAUGCUGAUGUGCGCCAGUCGGUGCCUUUUCCAUUCAAUAGUUUUUGUCACGUAACAGAAAAAUUGGCCGGUCCCUACUGCGGGUUUAACUGUUCUGUCGUUUUUAUACUUUUAUUAUGAAAUAUUAUUGUGUGUGGUCCCAAUGCCGUCUUAUGCAUUUUCAACGACAUUGAUCUUUACAAUGAUGCCAUUUUGCAACAUCAGCACUACUUGGCCUACCUCACGCACACGCACAUAGACGCACCAACACUUAAUGCCGCACUGAGUAUGCUUCAAUACGUCAAUGUGAGCAGGCUCUGCUUUAUUGGGCUUGUUUUCUGCAAUAACUGUCUUGGCCCAUUUUCACGUGUCACACUGCGCUACGAGUUGAUUCAAGGUGAAAACCAUGCAACAAUGCGGUAACGUGUGUGAUUAUGUAAGUCUUGCAGGUUGUUUUUGUACUUUCCUUUUGCACCACUGUUAGCCUUAGCGGGUACACUCCAGCAGUUCCUGUGUCAGCCAAAGACAUGUGAGAAACGUACUUACAAGCUUAUUAAUGGUCUCAGAAUUAUUCCCUACACGUGUGAAUCAGACUAUAGGUAUUAUUACACUGCUCUCUAGUGGCGAAUUUGGGCUCCUACUACAAGAAUGCCAGCUCAAUUAGAGUUUUUGUUCUUCCCCCUCAAGUCACUUGCACAAUGCUGCACUGAGCCCUGAAGCCUUUUUUGUGAUGCUGUUGCAAUCACCGCAGCAAUCACAAUGCACAAAAGCCCCCCAAUCCCCCCACUUCUCUCACGAGAUGCGUUCAAGGGCCAAGCCACAUUUUGUAGCGUUUUAUGAUGGUUUUGAUUGGGGUUUAUCUCGAUUUUUCGCUUAUUAUGUUGACAAUGUUUUCUUUUGCUUCGCAGAGUUCAACUGUUUUACUCUGGCUAACUGAUUGAGAGAGUAGAAAACCUUAACUAAUCAUAGGUAAUUUGGUGUUUUGUUGUUGUUGUUGUUGUUGACGGAGGUUCAUUUUUUAAAUGCGCACAAGCCAGGUGAAAUAAAACUGACAUGCG